AUGAGCUCUAAGGAUAUCAAAGGGUACAUUCAAAGAUAUGGAGCUGUUUCAAUGUAUAAUGCAACUUAUGUGGUGAAUUACUGCACCAUUGGAUCGACUUGGAUAGGUUUUGAUGAUGUUGAGGUUGUCAAAAUUAAGGUUGCUUAUGCUAAGAAGAGGAAUUUACUUGGCUACUUUGUGUGGCAAGUCGCCCAUGAUGACAAUUGGGUGCUUUCUCAAGCAG